CCUGGAACAACUCGGUUCCCCGGAGUCCUGUUCACAAGUCGGUGCCACUUUUUUUCGAUUGUUCGCACGAUCCGCCCUCGAUCCGAGUUCUUUACAUAUUAAAGUGCCUAUCCUUUCCGCACCCUCCCUCCCACCUUGCGACUGUUCGUCCCUUUCUUCUCUGCAUCCCUCACCACCCAGACUUCGGACAAGCAGACCGAUACCACCAUGUCGGCCACUUCGGAGAAGGAGGCUACGGCCCCGUCCGCCUCGCAUAACCAGCUCGCCGGCCUGGCGACUACCCAGGACAUCGAGCGGAUUGAGGCUCCCGUGACCUGGAAGGCGUACCUUCUCUGUAUCUUCGCCUCUUUUGGUGGUAUCUUCUUUGGAUACGAUUCUGGCUACAUCAACGGCGUUCUCGGCGCCAAGAUCUUCAUCCACGCCGUGGAGGGCCCUAUGGCUGACAAAGUCGGCUACUCUCACACUUCGCUCAUCGUCUCGAUUCUCUCCGCCGGUACCUUCUGUGGCGCUCUCAUCGCCGGUGACGUUGCAGACUGGAUCGGUCGCAAGUGGACAGUUAUCAUCGGCUGCCUCAUCUACUGCAUCGGUGUGGUCAUCCAGAUGAUCACGGGCCUCGGCGACCCGCUCGGUGCCAUCGUUUCGGGUCGUCUCAUUGCCGGUAUCGGUGUCGGCUUCGAGUCUGCCAUCGUCAUCUUGUACAUGUCCGAAAUUUGCCCCCGCAAGGUUCGUGGUGCCUUGGUCGCUGGUUACCAGUUCUGCAUCACCAUUGGCCUCAUGCUUGCCUCCUGCGUCGUCUACGCCACUGAGUCCCGCACCGAUACUGGUUCCUACCGCAUCCCAAUUGCCAUCCAGUUCAUCUGGGCUCUGAUCCUCGGCAUUGGUCUGAUGUUCCUGCCCGACUCGCCCCGUUAUUUCGUCAAGAAGGGCAACCUGAACGCUGCCUCGGACGCUCUCUCCCGCCUUCGUGGUCAGCCCAAGGAGUCUCAGUACAUCCAGGUCGAGCUUGCCGAGAUUGUCGCCAACGAGGAGUACGAGCGCCAGCUCAUCCCCAACACCACUUGGUUCGGCAGCUGGGCCAACUGCUUCAAGGGCUCGCUCUGGAAGUCCAACUCCAACCUGCGCAAGACGAUUCUCGGCACCUCUCUGCAGAUGAUGCAGCAAUGGACCGGUGUGAACUUCAUCUUCUACUACUCGACUCCCUUCCUCCAGUCGACUGGCGCCAUCUCUAACAGCUUCCUUACCUCGAUGAUCUUCACCAUCAUCAACGUGUGCUCGACCCCGAUCUCGUUCUACACCGUCGAGAAGUUUGGUCGCCGCACCAUCCUUUUCUGGGGCGCCCUCGGCAUGCUUAUCUGCCAGUUCCUGGUCGCCAUCAUCGGUGUUACCGUCGGCUUCAACCACACACAUAUUGACCCCUCCGACCCCACUGGCACCAAGACCCUCGCCGACAACAUCUCGGCCGUCAAUGCGCAGAUCGCCUUCAUUGCCAUCUUCAUCUUCUUCUUCGCCUCGACCUGGGGUCCCGGUGCCUGGAUUCUGAUCGGUGAAAUCUUCCCGCUGCCGAUCCGCUCCCGUGGCGUGGGUCUCUCUACUGCCUCCAACUGGCUCUGGAACACCAUCAUUGCUGUCAUCACCCCGUUCAUGACCGACGAGGAUAAGGGCAACCUGAAGUCGUCCGUCUUCUUCGUUUGGGGCGGUCUCUGCACCUGCGCCUGGGUCUACACUUACUUCCUCGUUCCCGAGACCAAGGGCCUUACCCUCGAGCAGGUCGACAAGAUGAUGGAGGAGACCACCCCACGCACGUCGGCCAAGUGGAAGCCUAGCUCCACUUUCGCUGGGCACAUGAACAACGACUCUGCCUUUAUCAACAAGGACUCUGCGGUCUAAGGAGGUGGCACAAUGAUUUAGUCAUGCACUUGUUUGCUUGUCUUUACACAAGGAUACCUUUGCCAUUUCGUGCAAUAAUAUCAUGACGUUACGAAUUUGGACAACCUGACUCGCGACAAGU